GUUUCUGUCUGAGGAGGUUUGGUUUCUUUGGGCUCUGGCUUGGAGAGGGAUGAUACCAGAGAGCUGCAGGCAAACACACAUGCUCAAAACCUGAUGGGAGCCUUGACCAGCUUUAAAACUCUGCAUUUUAUAUACUUGGAUGAACAUUUGCAGCAAUCUAUAAAUCAGACUGUCCUUUAAGUUGCAGGGUUGCAUGAUUUUCCUACUUGGAGUGGCAUUCUGGAGACUUCAAAUCUAGAGAUUUUGCUUUUUUUUGAGUGUUUUAAUCAGUGGAAUAAGAUAUUUUUGGUACUUUUUUGCAUUCUGCUUUUGCUGCAGACAAAACAAUGAUUUAAAGUCAGUUGCAGACUACUUUUGCUGAUCCUGGACGCUUUUUUUGUGGACCAAAACAUCAUCACCAGGUUAAAGAACAAUCAUCUGAUACUAAGGAUUCUUGAGAGAGGAAUCAUGAAAGGUAGAGCAUUUUUCUUCUACUACCUCUUUCCUUUAUUUUCCUUGUGCAAAAAAAGAACUUAAAUCUUGCAAAUAUUUUUUCUACAUUUUUUACAAUAAAAUUGAUUGAAAAUUGUAAAAAGUAACCCUAACUGUUAUUUUGCCAUAUAUGCAUACACCUGCACUGUGCACCAGCAACCAUAUGCUUCUCAUCUCCUGCAAAACUUGGCAGUGUGGAUCCUGAGAAAGUGCGGGUUUGUUGAUCUUGGACAUGAGACUUUGAUCGGUCAGCUUUAAAUCUCUAUAUGUGUGUGCGUGCAAACCGCAGCCCACAUUUUGUAAGACAUAAAAUGUUCCCCUGCCCCGCCUUUCUUCCACAGAUUGACUUAAUAUUCUUUCUAAAGGGGGGCAAGUGAAAACAACAUUUGAAUUUAUGCUUUUUCACGAUACAAGGUAAAAGGAGAGGUGCCUCCAGUCCAAAAGAAGGCAGGGGAGCGUACAUGUUUCCCAGACAUACAGUGUGAGAAUUCAAAGGCUUACAAAGAGGGGCGGGUAUGGUGGGAAACAGAGGACAACAGAGGGGGAGUGAGAGGGGCGGGAAAUAGUCCCACAUGUGAGGAAAGAUGUAAAGAGGUGCUGACACUUUCAUUUACAACUCUGGGUGGGAUAUGAUUCAUUAGUUCAUGCCUGUGUGCUGUUUUUAACUCAACUCACUUUUGAGUGAGACUUUUAAAACAGGACAGGUUACCUCUCUUAGACUGGACCUUUUGCAAAAGUCCUCAUUUAAACAGCUGUUACAUCCACUAUUGUGCAGAAAUUGAUGGUGACAAAAUAUCUGAAUCAUAGACUGUUUAAAGGAGUAAAAUCAUGUUAAGUAGUUUACGUAAAUAAGAAGAGGACUAAAAAUGUCUGAAGUUAGAUUUUAAAAAUCAUCAUUUUAAUGUGACUUAUUUGGCUGCUGAUAUAGAGACGAAAGUUGCUGAUGAAAGUUUUGACAUCUUGACUUGGACCAUUGGCCCCGAUUUACAGCUAGAAAUCAACAUAAGCUUCAAAAAGUGGUGUUCUCUAGUUUGCUGUAGCUUGUGAAGGUUCUGAAAUCUCAUCUAGGACCCACAACUUACGUAACUGUUAGUUAACAAAAGAUCAGCAUGAGCAAAAAUCUGGUUUUCCCUAGUUUGAGGUGAACUUGUCAAGGGCCUGAUUUCUUGCUUCUGGUCCACUGUUUGCUUAGCAGAGACCAUCAUGAGCCAAAACAGUAGUUUUUCUUUCCAUUUUAAGACAGUAAAUGAAUGUUCUGAUGUCUGCUGCAUCAGCUCAGGGAUGAGCAGGGGAGCUCUCAAUCGAAAUAUUCCCAUUUCUACAAGCUGUACCGUUAAGGUUCAGGCUCUGCCUGCAUAUCCACUUUGUUGUGUGCCAUCCCUCUCUUUACCACUUUCUCUGCCUCUCUUCAGCUGUUCCUCCCAUUAAAAAAAGACAAAAACAAAGACACAAGAAAAGAGGGACUUCAGUAAAUUCAGCUUCAAAGUGUGGACGGUAUGGCUGAGGAAAUAAAAGCACAAACUCAGAACCUCCUGAAGGGAAACAGCCUUUAACCACAAGACGAUACGUUUACAGCUCUCGCAGCCAAACAGUACAGGAGGUCUGUUAAUGCGGUUUCCAGUGCUGCUGAGACCAAGUCCAGCCCUGCCCGACACAGAACAAAACAUGCUGCCUCAUACAUUCCUGACAGGGCUGGUGGGGAGUCAGAGAGUAUGUGAAGAGGAGGGAGAAGAGAGGGGAUGUUGGACAGGUGUAUGGCUGGCAAAGAGAGAAGGAAAGAGAGAAAAUGGUCAAGAAAGGGAGUAAGAUUUUCUGACCCUCUGUGCCAUUUCUGCUGUGGCGGCUUUAUUCCCUUGCAGUCUAAACAUGUUCGGUUUGACAGACGGAGAACAGAGAGGCAUAACAGCCCAUUGUCAUGUUGAUUUGUUCUCGCUGUAUGAAAUUAGAAACUGUUCCCAUUUAUUUUUUCACUCUCGGCAUAAUAAUUACCUGAAUGUUUCUCCUGGACUUCUUUGUGUUUUCAUUAAGACUGUAGCUGCAUACUUAGAAAUAUUAAAUGUGCUACAACCAGACACAUCAUUACCAGGGUGGAUUUGUAGUAAGCUUGACUAAUAGGGGUACCUCUUUAUUUUUACAUGCUUUUUAAUAUGUUUUGUUUUAAGAAAACCCACCUCUCCAAGUAAUUACGUGUUUGAUACUCAAAAUUUUAGAUCCAAAGGGAAUCCUGAUGAUCCAGGACAAUUUUAUUCUUAUUUAUUAUAAUUAUAUAAUAUUAUUAUUUAUUUUAACAAUGCCUCUGUGUACAAACCCAUGAACAGUCUGGUUGUUAUAGAUAACGUAGAAAUACAUUGUAAAGUCUCAUUUAAGCUCAUUUAUGGCUGACACUAGAGUAUGGCAUUUUAAAUGAUAUAACUGACACUGCCCACACUAACCCACUGGUCCUUUACACUAGGAGGCACCCCCCCACAGGAUUCCCCCCCCUCCCGUUGAGAUUGGAGACAUUGUCCUGGUAGACUGUGGUCUGUGAGGUCAAAUACAUCAAAACUGACUAAAAUUCACUUCUCCUUUGUCCAAAAGCAGACAAGACCAUCAGCAACAAGAUUGACGGUUUGUAGGUUGUCAUUUUUAAUGUUUGAAACUUGUGCAAAGGGGGUAGGUGUCAGCCAAGCCCCAGAAUUAAACAGCCCUAAUUUUACAAUUUUAAUAUAAAUAUUUGUGAUAUAUAUGAUACAUUUAACUGUCAUAACCAGAGGGGGCGCCAAAAUUGACACAAACCCAGAGUUCCUCUCAGGAGCUUUAUUAAAUAAGCUGUAACAGGGUUAACAGCACUUAUAAGAAUAUCCAUUCUCCUACUCUGGUAUCUAAGCACUUUUGGACACAUCUUUGUGAACCUUUCCAGCCUUACCCUGUCCCAGGAAAGUAAAAAAAAAAAAGUUAUCGUGAAAUUCGAAGGCCUGCAAAUAAAGCAUGGUGAAUAUUGGACACACCAUUUGGCCUUGAAGCUCUGUUAAACCAAACCAGGCUCGUCUUUUAGUCUGCGCCUGACCGUCUGAACCCAUUCAUACUUAAGAAAUCAUGAUGGGUUUAUGGGAUCGUGACUCUGAAGAUCUCCUGUUUCACUGCCAAAACCACAGUAAAAGUAAAUUCUCUUGUAAUGGCUCCUCUUUAACUCUAGCUUCACAGUCUGCAGCAACACAUUCCUGACGUUUAUAGUUUUUUUUAAGGAGACUUUGCAUUCCAGUUAGAGGGCACCUAAAUGACUUGAAUGUGGACAGAGGUUUGGAGAGUUGCUAAUUUGGCUUUACAAGAUGUACUCAAGACCUCCACUCCAAUCUGGAGCAGGGCCCAUCUCGUGACUCCUGGUUUCACUUAAAACUGGGAUUUGCUGAGGUUCCCGAGGGCCAUUUUCUGGUCAAAUUAAGUCAAACCAAGUCAUGAUGGAAAAGAACACUAAAAAGGAUGCUAUGUUCAAUAUCUGCAUCUGUAUGUGGAGAGGGCAUUCUAAUUUUAAUGUUAAAUCUAAUCAAGGAUGUAGGGAGACCAAGAACAAAGUUUAGUUCAAAGAGGAAAUGGGGGGGGGUGUUGAGGAUUAGGAAGUCCAAAACCCCUGAGUUGGGACGUCCUCAGAGAAACCGCAAACAACAUGAGACAUGAGAUCAUACAUGGUCAGACAUGGUCGCAAACACCUGAGGUCUGAGGAUAAAGAAAGAGGUAGGAAAGCUGAGUGACUCCAUAUGGGUGAAGAUGAUUCUGACUACAUACGACAGUUCACGUGUAACCUGUACAGACUUAAUUUACAUUAGGUAUUCUUGUCAAGAAUCGUAUCGCAUUGUAUUGUAUUGUAUCGUAUCAUAUCCUUAAGACAUACCUCCCUUGCUUGCAUGUUUUUCUGUACUUUUGGUCUUUGGUUGUUUUUCUUGGCCACUCUAUCCUGACAAAGGUCCUCAAGUACUCAGUUUAACUUUAUUCAAUAUAAUAGAGUGCAUUCAGUGGUUUGGUGAUGUCCAUUUUUCCCAAAUAUAAAUGUGCCAUUCCUCAGUCCAGAAUUUGGCCCACACAAACCCUGAACGCAACCCUGGUCCAUCUCUACGACCCUACUGGGAAAUCCCAAAAUAAGAAGAUUAGGGGCUCAAACAGUUACAGUUUAACAAAUCAUGGUUUUGUAAUGAGAUGUUCAAUCACCACAUAUCAAGGUUUAAAGUCAGGGUAUUCAUACACUCAAGUUCAUGGGGUGUGGUCUGAGCCAAGUGCAGAAUUACUUGAACCAGAACCUGCAAUCAAAAAAUUUUAUGGUAUAUUUUUGCAACCUGCAGCAAUAUUAUUUUCAGCUUAGAAACCUCAAAUAGAGCAGCUGCUUUACAGGUUUAUAUGAAAACCAAGGAACCAGGUGUCAAAAUAAUACUUCAGACCCUUGUUUUACAACUUAAAACAAAAGUAUUCUUGGCAGAGUAUGGUAAUUUCAUCUCUUUUCUGACCUUGUAGUACUUUUAUUGAAUUAUCCGCUCUUCAGUGCUACAUCCUUUGGAAAAAAGUGUGGAAAUGUUUAGUUUUGUCUGAUUGGCUUUCCCACACUUUUCAUUUCCCUCCAUAAAAAUCAGACAACCUGGAGAGUAUAUUUUCUUCCUUUCAAAGUAAAAGGGCAGACUUACUGAGUUCUGAGUGUAUAUUUAAACUGCAGCUAAACUUUUCCAUCUUCAGUCUGCCUCUCUGUCUGCGUAAACAACUGAGAAAACAUACCUUGUUCGGUCAUGUUUGCAGGACUCUACAGCAAAUAAAUAAUGUUAUAUUUGAUUCCACGGAGACAUGAAGAGAUAUAAUAUUUUACUGUCUGUAAAUGACAAACUCAUGAUGUUACCCUUCCACUGCUCCCUAUCAUUACAUCCCUAUUGUGUUGACCCACACUUAAGAUUGAUGUUGAAUGCUAAUAUUUUGUGAAAAUGCAGUGAAGGCUCUAUGUGGUGAGACAUUUAUUAUUAUGGGUCUGUUUCAGGGUGCUGGAUGGAUAUGCGGCACUUCAGGCCUCAGAUGUGGUUGCAUCAGCCUACCAACCACUGACCAUGUACUAUUCAUUUCCUCAAAAGCUAACAUAAUUUAAAGAGUCUGCCCAGGCCAAGAGUUCGCCGUUUGUCUGCACUGGACCCACUUCAAAAUGGAAUGGUUUUUUCAUUGGCUUCCAAUAAUAUUUUAGAAAUCAUGAAAACGUUGCUGGCUUUUCUAUAAUCCUGCUGACAUACACAUGACAAAGAGACAAAACCCCAUUAGUGAAAGCUGUGUUCUCCAAUAAGCCUUAACAUUUAUCUUCUACCAACCUCACCCCUGCUGUGAUUAACAUAUGCAGAUACCUUAAAAAGUCAGAGUAAUUGGACCGAGCACAAACCCCAUCAGCCUGUUGCUUAAAAGGGCUAUUCUGGCGUUAAUUUAAGCCAUGGUCAAACACACUGUAACAACAAUUUAGACACCCCCUCGAGAGAUGAAUGUUACUUGCUGCUUGCUUGUCUAGUUAUACCAACUUCAGCAACAACCACAUGAUAGCAAUACACAGAGUUCUUGUGUAUCUUGUAUGUGCACUGCAGACACAGCAGUUUUUCUGCCUUAGCGUCUCUGUCUGAUUGCAUUUCCAUGAAGUAAUGAUCAUAAAUGUUCUUCCUUGAGCUGCGAAACUCUGCUGCACUCGGUGAUCGACUCGUCAGGGCUCCCACACAAACAAGUGGCUGCUGGAGGAGAGUGGGUAAGUUGUGUUUGGUCUAUUUGCUAAAGAAAUCAGGCUAAGCUAAAAAGAUGUUUGAUGGCUAGUACUAUGGCUGGGACCCUAUAUGUACUGUUGGUGAAGUUAGGUGCUGUUCUGAGCAUUUUUUGUGGCUAUAGAGUGGCUUUUUGGUUGAGGUUUGCAUGUGGAACUGCAGACUACUGUGUAUUGCUAUCAUGCGAUCAUUACUAAAGUUGGUAAAACUAGAGAAGCAAGCAGUUGGCAACAUUCAUCUCUCGAGGGGAUGUCUAACUUGGUGUUACUGUGUUUGACCAUAACUUAAAUUUACACCGGAAUAUCCCUUUCAUGAGCUGAAAAAAAAAGCUAUAACAAUGGAUGUUAAGUCUAAAAGAUACAUGUAUUUGCACCCCCCAAAAGGCACAAGCUUUUACAGUGUUUUUGGAUCCACAAUAAAUCUUUUAAAAUCAUUUUUUUAAGCCUUAACACCCAUCGAUUCCUCUGAGUGCUUAUGAGAAUUUGUGGAUAAUGGGUGAUUAAUGAGUGAAAUUAUCAGGUACUUCAAAAGGGUUAGCAUAAACUUUAAACACAUCGAGGGUGGAGUAAUUGUUUUCUGAUGUUUUAACCUCUUACGAAAAGGUCCAGGCCACCAGGUUAGGUUUUUUUGCAGAGUAUUGCAUAUCAGCAGUUGUUUCAAACUUGUUUUAGGGUGUUUCCUUCUCUUGUUGCAUUUUGUUUAGAGGAAAAAGAACACAGUCUCCCUGAGAAUUUGGACAGAGAUUUUGUAAUGUUGGUUGGCGUCAUCUAAUCCCACUUGGAUAAGGGAGGUUUGUGGAUGCUCUAUGUUUGUUUUUGCUGUGUGGGUUUUACUAAAUCAAAUAUCCAAUAAUGUAGCUGUUGAGGAAGAACAAAUCGCUUUAAUCUUCACAUCAUAAUCACAUAAAAGCCCAUGUCAAAUAAACAGCAUUUGGCUGGAUUUAAGUCGCACAGCAGUCGUCAGUAGUUACAGUGUUUUGCCAUUGCCUGGCUGUGAAGGUGUGACCUGGUAGGGCCAUGUUGUGCUGCUGUCAAAUCGGCUCAGUUCUGCUCUGUGUGCGUUGGACCGGUCCACUUCCUCACUAACGAGACAGACAUGAGGGUUUUUUCCACAGUGAGUAGGGAAAACAUGAGGAGAGAAAAAGGAGAGGGAGGGAGGCAAAGAAGGAGAAACACAACUAAGGAGCAGGCAGAUAUUUGAGGGUGGGUUCUGAUUUGUGUUAUUGCAAAAAUUCAGCUUCCAAUAGCAGAGGAUGUGCUGACACUCAGACAUUUGAAGCUGGACCUUUUUUCCAAGCCACAGAAGUCCAAAAAUGACAAGAAUUUGGUUUGCCCUGAGAAAUGUACUCAAAUCAGGGUGGGAGAGUUUGAAACAGGAUUUAGACCUGUAUGAGAUGUGAAAGACACCAUCAAAACCAGGGACAAUAUCACUGUUCUGCUACUACUAUCUAAAAAAUUAAGCAGCAAGUUCAUGUUCUCAUCAUAGCUUUAGAAAAAAUGUGGAUUUAGAUUUUGUUUUUUAACUUUAAAAGCAUUUCAACCUAGAUUCAAACAGAUACUUUGGGUCAAUAGAGCAAUAUGUUUAUGCAUCAUCUGCAGAUCAUCAUAUAGAAAGAAACAAUAGGCUGUUAACUCACAAAGGAGCUAAAUUAACUAUUUGUUCAUCUGGGUUUCUGGUCAGAUUGACAAAUGCAGUAUAACACAAUAUUAACACAGUGACUUCAUCAGGAUAUUUCUUUUGUGGAAAUAGAAAUGGAAAAUGCCUUCUACCAUUAAACCAGGUUGAUAGAAGACUAAAAGUAGUUCGUAGUUUGCAAACAGGACCACCUAAAGCCUGACCAACCAAAGAAAUACUCUCUGUAUUACACAAGGAGUCUAUCAAGGCUUUGAAGACCAACAUAAUGAUCGGAUCAGUGUAAAGACUCGUUUAUGCUCAAUGUUAUGUACGGAUCCUGAUAUGGACGGCGCUCUCUGUUAGUGUUUCACCUUCUUUCAUCCAUAUUUCUGCAUGUCUCCUUGAAGUUUACAUAUACAAGCCAGACGGAGCAGUACCACCGGUUAUCGUAGGGGCAGUGAUAUAAUUUUCAUUAGCACUAGCUCCUCCACAGUCGCCAUGUUUCUUUUUGUUUGUUGUUGUCAGAAACGUUUGACUCUGGCCUGCCCCCUGGUGGAUGUAAUAGCUAACAUCCAUGCCAACGUAAAGGACGCAUAAAAGUAUGUGGGCAGUGACGGAACCAUCAUUUGAAACGGAUGUGUACAUUUUCAUAUGUAUGGCGAGCAUAAAUGAGCCUUAAGUCCUACAUUGCAUUACUGUUAAUCCCUUUUCAUUGCGGUUUUGGGAUAUCCACACUCUUAGGCUCUCUUAGGUAAAAAUCCAGAGUCCCCCUGCCUGGAUUCAGGACAUCAUAUUAUCUGUAGAUAUAACGAAUAACUCAGCCUCCCUGUUGUCUUUGAGUUGUCUUGGUACCUGCAGAGUAAUAAGACAGAUUUUCUGAGAGUCCUUCAGACCUCUCCCCUCCGCCCUCCUCCCUCCAUCAUUAUGUUAGCGUCAGUGUUCUAUGCCUCCUCCACCCAGACCUGACCUCAGCUGUUCCAUCACCAGCUGACAUAAACACUCACCUCAUCAUGGCGUCUGCGGAGGGUAAUUUAGCUUGGGCCAAGUUUAAACAAUAAGUGAAUUUGUGGGUAACCAGACAUUAGGACUUCCCCUGUUUAUGUCAUCACCUAACCCACAGAGCUACAUUCAGCUACAUGUUGCUUACACACAGCCACUAAAGGUUGACUCGUUCUCUCUCUCUCGUUUCCUGUAAAUAUAGAAAAAGUUCUGCAAGUUCACGCAUGAGGCCAGAAGCUUUCUACAAGUUAAAAUGACAUUUUUAAGACAAAAUGUGUUUUUUAACUUCAUAUCUUUCUGUCUGCUUUCUAUUCACUUUGUACAAAGUUUUCUCUUGUUCACUUUCAUUGACAGACCACAUUUGUCUUCAUGUUGUGCUGAUUACGCGGUUGACCACAGAGAGUAACCUGCAGCAGAAACACUGACUCCAGAGAUUUUUCAAUAUUUUCAUUCGCUCGAGAAAUGAAACAAAACAUGUAUUUAUUUUUUAUGUAGAAGAUCUUCUUACAUAUCAAGAUAAACUGUAUAUACAAAUGAAUCCAUGUUAACAAUGACACCAAUUUAUCACUUAAGUGAAACACAACAGGGUCAUAGUUAUGGUUGCCAAGGGUGCUGACAGACAACAGCAGGGGGUUUAAAUUUACAAAUUUGGUCUGGCACUGUCAGGCUUCACAUCUCUUUUCUUCCCAUUAUGAGUUCAAGUCCUCUACAGGGCUCUGCUGUUUGUAUAAUGACACAAAAUGUCACUUAAGGGGUUUUGCUGGAACUCCAUAUGCUGUUGUGAGUAUAGAUAUACAACUUAAUGUUUAUGAGUGACAGCAUGACUCCAGUUUUUGUUCUUUUUUAUCAUUCUGGUCCAGUAAUUUAGACAGACUCAAGUUCCCAAUAUUUCGGUCAGCACUGAUUCCCUAGGAUAAAUUUGUGUCUUGGUGUGAGUCUCUAUUGUUUAAGUCUAAAUCAAGCCAUUAACUGAGACCCAGCUCAUAUCUGAGUUGAGUCCCCAUAAACUAAGUUACCGAAGUACAAGCCUGAGUUCAAGUCUAAGUCCUGCUCCAAAUGAGCUAAGCCCCAUAGCCUGAAUAACUUGAAUCCAAGUCUCAUUCAAGUCCUUGUUACCCAGGUAGCCUGACCCCAAAUCUAAAUUAUGGCCCAAUCACUGGUCUGAGUUGAGUACCCAUUGCCUGAAUCCUAGUCAGUGAUGGGUUUCCUUUGCCCUGUGAGCUGAGUCCCCAAUUCUUGAGGCCAAUUCAGGGGAGAGCCCCUUUUUCAGGGCUCAAGUCUGGGUUAAGUCUCCACUAAACUUAUGUUCAAGCUUGUCAUGAGUCCCUAUAAACUGAGUUAACUACAAUACAAUUCUGAGUUCAAGUCUGAUUCUAUAUUACUUAAGUCCAACUCCAAGUCAAGAUCCAGUUACCCUAGCUGUGGUCCAAGUACAAGUUAAGCCCCGUGACCAUGUAUAGCUGCUCAUGUUAUAUUUCAUGUUGUAGCUGCUGCUGCUUGUCUUGGCCGUGAAACUCUCAAAUCUGUGAUUUUUGAGCUCAGCUAAUCUCUCUUGGUUAAAUAGGAGAGAAACGAGACCAUGGCAGAGUCCAACACUCUGUCCUCAGCUACCCAACAACUGCCAGACCACUUUCCUGUUAUAUGAGUGCAACUUUCCCACAAAAAUGGCCUCAUGGUGCAGCUCCACUGAGUGUUCACAAAUAUCAUUUGCCACACCUGCUGCAUGUGGAGUGUCAGGUUUGGUGGUAUAAAUCUAGAGACUUGGGAAGUCUUUUGUUCUGACACCCUGCUAUGAAAACAUAUACUCAGUGAAAUUUGGUAAAUCGGUCUCUCUGAUAGGCUUUCUGGUAACACUAUGUAAAAGUUGUCCUAUUUUCUCAUUUGCCAACAAUAGCCAACAAAAGCUCUCAUAUUUUACUCACUGUGAAGUUUCUGUUUAGUCUUAAGUGGGCACAAGCUCAGAGAAAACAACCAAGAAGAGAAACCCUCUUUUUUAUUGCAGGGAGAUAGUAUCCUCACACUAACCAUGUCCAGGACAACACAACUAUUUCAGGGGGAGCUUAAGGGGGACUGUGAAGCAGCUAUUUGAUGUGAUUUAUGAUCGGACUGAUAAAACUUGUCUUCACCCCAGUUGAAUUAAUGUUUGUCAGCUACCUUUUCUAAAACAAUCUGUUUUGUGUUUCUCUUUAGCAGACAACUAUGGAGGGUAUGAAAACCAGCUUUUUAAAGGUAUUGUCUCCAGCUUAAUAACAUGUGUUGAGGUUGAAUAAGUUGAAUAAUCAGUCUGUUUGCUAGUGAAGACAAUGUUAAAACAUGUGGCUUCUCAUCAAUCAGGGAGCUGUUAGUCAGAAAACUAAGGGGUCUGAAAAUGUUCUCCUUUCUUGGUUUUCAGAGGAGGACUUCACCGGUGAGGAGGAAAUGCCAUCAUUUCGAGGUGAAGCUACAUGCAAACAGACAGUUCAGAAAUCAAAUAUCACAAUCUGUCAUCUAUAUAAUGUGUUGUUUGAUUACCUUUUGUAUGUAGAUCAUGAAUAGUUUAAGUAUAAAUGUCUUAGUUUAACCGUCAGAGUAUACUUUGAACAUGUUGCAUGCUACUUUGAACAUAUGAAUCACUGCAAACUCAUCAUUUUGGUUGUAUUCAAGUCAUUAACCCCUGAAGGUAAACGUAUGUGUAAACUAUGACUUCACUUUGUUUUUCCAGGUCGUAGCAGAGGGGGCUGCAUGAGGUGCCAGCAGAGCCAGUCUCUCCAGCUGGCCAUCAAAGUUCUCUAUGGAUUCGUUGCAUUCCUCAUCAUUAUUGUAGCAGUUCUGGCAUCACUUGGUGAGUACUGUUUAACUUUGGGUUUUCUGCCGUGUCUGUGUUUGAUGUGAAAUUGAAUCUGUUGUUUAGAUCUUCUAAGUCAAGCUGAAUUGACACAUAGAAAUCUCCACUCUUGAAUGCCCUAGGAUUGGUUAUGUAAUACCACUCAUGAGUGCUGACUCUAAGCAAAAGGAGAGCAAGAAAUACUUUUCACUUUUCUAUGUGUGUGUUUCUGAAUAAAACAAUGUUUAACUCCCGUCAUUCAAACGAAUAUGUUCCUGGGUCCUGUGUGCUGUGUUUUACCUGACAGCAGCUCAGCACCAACAGAUGGUUUUCAAAUUAACAUCAUAUUUUAUUGGGUUUGAAAGCUGUAAAGCUUUGUAUUUUACAGCAGUUCAGGGUCUCAGGGAGUAGAGAGGGUGAGGCUUGGGAGGAUGACAUCAAAUGACAAAACACGCAUGUUGGGAAAGCUGUAGACACAAAACUUAGAGACCCACAAACAGAAAGUUAUCAGAUUUAUAAAGGACAUUUUCAUCAGGAUUGCACAAAGUUUGUGUGCGAUGACACUGGCUGACUACUCACUGUAGGUUAAAUAUAUCAGCUGAGAGGACAUCAGAGCAAAGUCUAGCAUUUUAAGGCCGCUACUUAUCAAUUGGUGUUUGUUGAACUCUCUGUUUCUAUGGCAACCACUACUUGCACACUUUUAUAACAGUUUAACUCUCAACUUCUACAGAUUUGCAGUGAGGCAACAAAUUGACAGAAUCUUUACUAACAUCUAAACAUAAGUGUCACCUUCACUCUGCCCAACCUUAUUGCAAAGAGUUCUUGCAUGGAGAUGAUGCGGGCUGUGAUGCAGAGUUGAGGUAUUUGUUGUUGCUUUUUCACCAUGGUUUAGACUCAAGAUGUGUGCCAGCACAAAUACAAAUAUCCACACCAUAUUCACAGCAUCCCCGCUAUUUCAUAAUGAUUUUUACACAAAAACAAAACUUUGUUUGUUUCGACAGCGAGCACAGCUGUGCAGCACCAAAGUCUGAAACCAUCCGUAUAAACAGAGAAGAUAUUGAGCUUGGCUUGAACUCCCAACUAUGCAUGUGCUUAAGGAAAAACAGUGACCUUUGAUUUUUUGUUCGCUGCUGAACAUCUGCCUUAUAAAAACAUCAAAACUUCUGGUGGACAAAUGUGACAUGAAGUGUCACUUUAAGGCUAACAUUUAAUAAAACCAUCCAAUCCAACAAGCUAUACUGCUGGCAAUGCAUCUGAGGCUGAUCUACAGUCUGUAUGGAUGUGCAAUUCAAAGCCUUAAACCUGGUUAAAGCCAUGUUUAGCCUCAGUAUCACAGCAGCUAAUACAGCGGGGCAGAUGGUAUGUACAGAGCACAUGUGGAAGCAGUAAUGUAUGUAAACACACCAUGGAACAGACCAGCAUUAAUCCCCUGAGUCAGGGCCUUGGAUAAUGAAAAGUCUGCAAACACACACUACACAAACUUACACUCAGGCAAAUAUACAAAAAGACACACCCACUGAAUUAUUGUUGUUUUCAUGGGAAAUAUGUAAAAGGAAUAGGAGCCCAGCCAGCUGGCUCAACCAUCACUCAUGAGCGUUUCAGUACUGUUUGUUAGGUAGUGAAAACGGUCAUGGGUUCAAUUACAUCUUCCUGUUUUUACUGUGUUUAAUACUUCCUAAGGACUGUUAACUCAAAAUAACUGCUGAUGUUAAUCAAAAGUAGAUCUGCUCCUUGUUCAAUCCUCCAUGUUUUUCAUUAUUCAAUGCCUGCAACAUGGGCCAACUCAAUAUAUGUAGGUAAUGUAUCCUUGUCCCUGCAGUGUUCAAAAAGGUUGAUGGUCUGUCUGAGGAGGAGACCAUCUACAGCAAGAAGAUCGGCAGGGUCCAGCAGAGAAUAGAAGGUAAACUAGCCUGGAGAGCCUACAUAAAUGGUAGUGCUGUCAGACCGGCCAGCCUAGGGAUAAGAGCAUAAUUUCAUAACAGAGUUAAAGUUCCAAUGAGGAACUUUUUAAUUUGUGUCAGUUUUAGUGCCCCUCUGUGGACAAGCUUCACUUGUCCUGUUCUCUACUUGCUUAUAGUGUCUUAUGACAAAAAAAUCUCACCCUACUGACUUUGACAGUCGAUUGUAUCAUUUACUGUGAAUAUGUUACAUGGAAAUUGCAAAAAACAGGACGGUAUUAACAGCUGUUUACAAAUUUAGUUAGGUUUAUUUUAGACCUCGGUCACAGCUGAUGGAGAAAUAAUCUAACCUCUAAGUCAGUGAAGUAGCUGUAUUACAUUUACCUUUGAUCUUAAUCAGGUCCAAAACGGCCAAAUGGAAUUGAACCAUCCAUAGUUUGUCCAGUCAACCACAUAAAACCUGAAUCUAUGCUGGUUUACAGGCCACUUAUGAUGCCUGAUGAUUGGAUGUCCAAUUGUAAAUCUGUUUACACUCAGAGGAUUAAUGCUUUUCCACCAUAACUCACUUUUCUUUCAGAUAUAAGCUCCAACUCAAACUGCUCUGGCUGUCUGGAUGUGACUCUGUACAGCGAGGAGAUCAGCAGGCUGAAGACAGAGUUUGAGGACAUCCAGAGAAUGAUAUUAAGCCAGGAGCAGGUAAUGUAUGAAUAAUGUAAUGGUUAAACUGUAUAGCCUGUAGAGAGGAUGGGAUACUUUUCCUGGGGUUUUUGGCCUCAGUAAAUAUGCACUUCUGGCAAAGACUUCCAUUUACGUGAUCUACUGUGGUUUCCAAUUGGACCAGUAACUUGAGGAGCAACAAUGGAGUUUGUUUACCCACACAGCAGCCGAGACAGGAUAGCUAGGUUCACUUAUAAACAGAUUUUGAUCUAUUGAGAUUAAUUGUAGUUAUAUUAUUGAACAAUGACCAUCGAUAGGGUUUUGGACUUUAUUGUUAAAACUCUAGUGCUCCUCACAUGGAUUGUUUUACAUUGAGACAUUCAGGGACUACCUCCCAUACUUCUAACAUAAGCCCUCCUGAUGCCAUGCUUUUGAUAUGCCACAAAACAAGUUGCAAGAGAUUGAAAUGUCAUUUUUAUACCCCAGAACUUGCUUAUCCUACCGCCUAAAAUCAGAAGACAUUCAACGUGUACAGACACAAAACAGAGAAAAUCAGCAAAUUUUUUUAAUUUAAUCUUCACACGUUCAAAGACUGCUUUUAGCUCAAUUAUUUUCUGAUCACAAUCUUUACCCUCCAGAUCCUGGACCAGGCCUCCCAGACACAGACCACCCUAAAGGCCACCAGCAACCGCCUAACACGGGACAUGCAGAGCCACCUUAUGUCCAUUAAACUCCUGAACCAGUCUCUGGAACGUUACCUUGAUCGGGUAGAGGGGUGGAAGGAUGUGAUUGAGGAGUCUCAAGAGAAAAUGAAGUCCCUGAUGGAGGAUCAGUACGACGUCAAAGCUACAGCACAUCAGAUUAACACAACAGUAGCACUCAGGUGAAUGAAGGGAUGCACAACCUCACAACUAAAAUGACUGUGGCAUUGACUAUUGGCUAUUAAGGUUUGCAUAUCAUCCAAACCCUAGCUAGCGAUAGAUAGAUAUACUUUAUUGAUCCCAAACUGGGAAAUUCUCUCUCUCUCUUUAUUUUAAUAUAUCCAAAUUAUAUCUAUGUUAUAUGAAAAGUACAUGCUAGAAUUUAACUUGAAGCCAGCAAUACUCUUAAAAAAGUUGGGACGGGGCACCAGUAGACCUAGCAGUACAAGUGCACACCCAAUAUGGCUCCAAAGUCUUUGCCAAACCACCCAUUUUUAUUUAGUGUUGGGCUAAACAGACUGCAACAAGGCCAUGGAGACAGGUCUGCUGAAUUCAACGAAUCAUGUUUUGCAUAAGAAUCCCCCAGCCCUAGACUGAACCACCAAAAAAAAUGCAAUUUGGGGUGGGGUAUAUUAAUCUAUGUGAUGUAUCACCUCUUCUUUAAACAACAAUGUGCAACCAUUUGUUAACCUGAGAGCGCCUGUAAACUGUGUUUUGAAAGGGAUUUGAAGCUCAUGCGAUGACUACGACUGCAGAAUCUUUCAAAGUACAUGGCCAUCCACUACUGGGGUUUGGUCCUUUUUGCUCAGAGAUUUUAUCAUAUCCUUUAAAAAUUUUAAUGAUAUCACAAGAAAAUCCCAAAAGUCCAUCAAACUUUACACUGAAACUGCUAACUGUUGCUAUUAUUGUCAUAUUACACAGCGCCUAAACUCUUCUGAAACUGGGUUGUACUUCUGAAUGGCUGACUAGAAUAUUGUUGAAUAUGUAGUCUGUUUUGUCAGCCUACGUGUCACCAGGACAUCCAUAAGCUACUAGGUUAUAAGUUCAAAUAUGAUCCAACACCUCCAGGCUACCAUAUAAUCACAUCUUGUUAGCAUCAUGUACAUGUGUUAGUGACCUUUUAGUGAACUAGCACUCAAUCAGAGGCUGACAGGAGAAAAGGAACCAGAGCUGAAGCCACAACUGCAAUUAUUCAACAAUCCUUAUAAUUAUUCAUGAAGGGAGAGUACAGUAAGAAUAACAAAGUGGGAUUUCCCAUUUCAAAAGGGCACAGCUGUUUAACAUUACACUGGUGUAAAUCUGCAGUAGAGUAUACCCAAUAGAGUUUAUCAUUCAACUUUUCCAAGUUAAUUAUUUCCUGUUUACACGUAUGGAGGUUAAUUACAGAGAAAGACCAAGUUUGAAUAACAUAUUAUUGUCCCAUCUGGUAGUUUUUGACUGUUUUACAAUCAUUUGUAACAAGAAAUCUGAAGCAAACUUAAUUUAAAGAAAUGAUGUUUGUGAGUACUGCCUGAUUGCUUUAUCCAUUCAUCUCACUUCUGCUCUACCUUCCUCUCCUCUGUAGCACAAUGUGGAUAGAUGCCCUGCAGAGGAAAGCCGAUGAAGAGACUCUGGUCCUUCAGAAGUUAACUAGUGAUUGGCAGAACUACAGCCGAGUCCUGACCACCAUCAAAUCCAACACAAGUAGCACCACACAAAACAUGAGGUUCCUCCAAAACAACAUUGUCGCAGAUCACCAGAGAAUCGCCAUGUCCACUGAGGUGUACUACGACCUCACACAGCAGGUGUGAUUGAGAGAGUAAUGAUUCAUUGCGAAAGGCAGAGGAAGAAAUGAGGAGAUUUAAAUGUUUUAUUUGACUAUCUGGCCUUUUGUAAUGACUUAUGGAUAUGAAACACACACCCAACAUGAUUAAUGAAUAAAAUAUGAUGUUAUGGUACGAAAAACCACUUGAUCAGUUGCAACAAAAUUGGAUUUGGUUUAAGAUACUUAAAGCACUAAAUAUGCUCACAAAAUACACAACUUCAGCACAAUAUGUGGAGCUCACUUCAUUAGAUCACACAACUAACAAAAGUUACAAGUGUUGGCGAUGUGUCCAGAAAUUACAUGGUAACAGUGUCUUGUGUAGGAACAUUUAAACCACUAGGCUUGGUUUAAAUGACAACUUUGAAGUGAUAACUAGCUGAGAAUUUACAGUAAAGUGAGAACCAAAUGUCGUUUUUUCUAUUUCAGGUGAUGAACCUGCAGAUGCAACUUGACAACGUUACAUCUUUCAUGGACGAACACGAGGAGAACAUGCAUGAUCUUCACUACCAUUCCAGGUACUACUACACUGCAGAGGACAGUUCUGCAGCCCUCUGGAUUAGUACACAGCUUUUUGAUACUUCAAUUCUUCAAUUCAUUGCCUAAUGCUUUAAGCAAAACAAUAUGCUAUCUUUCAUUAAACAGUACUGAAAAGUAUCAAAGUUUGUAAAAGGCUGCUCCAUAGUUGUAUUUUCAACCUAAAGCUGCUCUCAGCAAGAGCGCACUCCAUGUAUUUAAAUGAAUAAUUGUUCCGGGAUAAUGAUGUUUAACUUUUAUUUCAAGGACUGGUAUACAUAAAAAAGAAAGCAUUCAAAUCAAACUCUGACCUUGAGGAUGUUUCAAAGAAUCCAACUAUCAUACACACAGUACUUGCUUUUGCUGACAAGAUAACAGGCUAGACAUGGGGGUUAGUAUAUUCCUACCAAGUAUUAACUCCUCUGGUUUAACUACUAACAAACCAAUGGGUGACCUAACUGAAGUUGAAAUCUGAUUUUUACCACAAAUAUAGAUCCAAAAACACUGGAAACCAUGUAAGGGUCCAAUCUUUUGUAUAAGGUCUUGCCUCAAGUGUAAGAUUGUGAGCAGAUGUCCCCACAAUGAACAUAAACAUGCUUUCACACUCACACUCACACACACAAGACAGACAGGGCUCUAUUUUCGUGCUUUGCCGGAGACGUGGCGCAGGCGUUCCCAAGCACAAUUUAGUAUUUUGGUGAGCGGCGCAGCCCGGCGUAAGUAUCCCCCCUCCCGAACUCACCUCCUUCCAGCGGCGUAAAUCGUAGCGAGAGAGGAGAGAGGGCAUGGAGUGGGUUUAACAUAGCCGAGACCUGUAUUGACCAAUAACAUCAGCUCCUCUCCUCGCCUUAAAAAUCCGCCACCGGCGAGGCGUAUUACUAUUUUCGUGAAGCAGUCAAAGAGAUCAAGAGAUGUCUGAAGACAGCAAUGCCACACGAUGGCAACAGAAGGCAGCUUCUCAACAAGUGUCGCUGUAAAAGCUGCAGAGGGUGUCCUUCACACUCUCUCAUAUGAGCACAGAUAGAUUUGGUGUGUGUAAUGUUGGACCCACUAGUAAGACAAACACUCUUUUCCACAAAUAAAGACACUCACAUAAAGUUGCAUAAUCAAACCUCACGUGACAAAGGUGGGUUGUGUGCAGAGAUCACAUCAUCAAUUUCAAAAAUGGCAUUAAAAUCGGAACCAUCUGUGCGUAAAGGACGCAUCGCGCUCCGUGGCCUGGCUCUUUCUUUCAUAGAUGUUGGCAUAUAAAAUAAAUUUGGCUCACAAAACUGAAUAUUAUAACAUUCGUAUGUAGGCUUAAAGUAAAUAACUCAUCUGAUCAUUGAAACAAAUCAUCUGUUCAGCCGCUGCAGCAGGACAGGGAGAGGACACGGAGACAUGUCCAGGUCGAGCUGUGCGAGAAAUAAGAGGAAGAAGAAGAAAGAAAAGGAGGGAGACAAAUUACAUAUCUUGUUAACUUCAUCAUGUGUGUCUAUUUCCUAGAUAUUUAAUUUAAUUUAAUGCAGUUUCAGCUGUGUUGAUUGAUAGUCAGGUUGUGUGUCCAAACACGUGCCAAACGCGCUCAUCAGAUCAGAUAUAGAUCAGAAUAUAUCUUUAUAGAUCUAAAUAUAUGUGCGGACUCACAUUAAUAGUUGCUGUUGAUUAUUGCACUGAAAUGUGCCUGACACUGUGGAAACCUGCUGGUGAGGCACUGGUGACGUAUGCCAAUAAGCCAACGGUCUACCAAAAUACCACUAGACCAGCUGCACUCUGCCUGCUGAUCUCCUCGCUGUACAGAGUCACUGGCGGGCUUUUAGCGAACUUUAUAUGCCACCGACGAGCACGAAAAUGUCACUGCGACAGCUGAUUAUGUCAACACCUCCCUCUGCCACGCCCAGCUUGGCGGACCUUGGUGCGCCUCAGUCCAUGAAAAAAACAAACUGGCUGUACGCCGUGCUCCGCCAGACGAAAAUACCACUGCGCGGGGUCUGCCACCCUCCGCCGCCUCACCAGCGGACAUGAAAAUAGAGCCCACAGUGUUUUACAUGGUGAGCAGAUGUUCCCACGACAAAUGUAAAUCUGUAUGCACAUACCCACCCAACCAGCACAAACACAUGGACAGAUAAACAGAUAGACAUGUGAAACUCACACUGUAACCCUCCUCCUCCAAACGUCCUCUUUAGGUACUAUGAGAACCGCACAGGUGAGCGUUUCUCUGCACUGGAUGGUCGUCUGAACUCCAUCGCAAUGGAGAUUGACACAAUUUCCUCAAGCAUUAACGCCACAGUCAGCCAUGUCCAGAGUAUGUACAAGUACAUCAACAUUGAGAGCUCGUCUUGCCAGAGUCGCCUGGGCAGACAUACAGAAGAUCUACAGGUAAUGACAUCUGAGGUGUUACCAGUUUUCCUACUUGAUUUUUAUCCCUCAAAAUGUUUGAAUAGAAUUGGAAAAAGUCCCUCAUUUGGGGUUGAUAUUUAGCUAAGGGUGACUAACAGAUAUUCCCCUCUGGGUUUCCCUCUGAACCGAUGACCUCUGCUUUUUACAGAACCUGAACAACACAGUCUUAUUACUUCUCCACUUGGCCGACACUCUGAGGCAGCAGAACAUGUUGUUGAAUGUCCGUCUGGAUGUGGAUGUCAGGAACCUCUCCAUGGUGAUGGAAGAGAUGAAGCUUGUGGAUGUUUACCACACCCACCUCAUAAAUAACUUCACGAUAGUAAAAGGUACAGCUUUACAGUUAGCAUUCAAUCCAUCCACCUGUUAAUUCCAAUAUUUUCUGCUGAAAAAUGCUUCUGUGAAAAUAUGGUCUUGAAAUGCUCUGGUAGGGCUAAAGAGAAGUAAACUACAUUUCCUUUCUCGCCAGGUGCUCCUGGACCACCAGGGCCCAAAGGAAACCGUGGUGAGACUGGCUCGAAAGGACCAGUUGGACUGACUGGAAGCAAAGGUGAUCGUGGCCCUAUAGGAGGUCGUGGAUCUGUUGGGGAGAAGGGUUCUGCUGGACCUAAAGGAGUCCAGGGUGAAACAGGUCCUGGUGGCAACAGAGGAGCCCAAGGGAUCAAAGGAGCUAAAGGGGCCCAGGGCCCUCCUGGACCUCGUGGAGAGAGGGGCCAGAAGGGUGAUAUGGGCCCCUCUGGUGCAGAUGGCGGCCCAGGACCCACAGGGCCAGCAGGGAUGCAGGGUCAGGCAGGUCUACCUGGAAUCAUUGGGCCAACAGGACCAAGGGGAAAACCAGGGCCAGUUGGUCCACCUGGACCACCAGGAACCCCUGGACCCCCAGGAUUGCCAUACCACCAUGAGAGAAUUAACAACCAGCAGCGAGCUGUGACACCUGCUACUGGAUCCAAGAGACAGUAGAUUGAUGGACAUGAACUAUGUGGGAGAUUUUUCCUGUUCAAGGAAGUUACAGAUUUAUUUUUUUUUGUAGAUAUGAACCUGAGGGAUGUUGUCCUUGAGACUGAGGAUGGGGAAUUAUUGAGAUUAUGCAAGACAAUCAAGAAUCCAUGAACAAAGUCAACCUAUUAAAAUUUGCGAUUGGACUUUAAAAAGAAGCUUUUCCCUGGUAUGACAAGUCAUUGUCUAAUGGAAAGAAGUAAGAGGAAUGUCUAAAAACAUAGACAACAAGACAGCUGCCAAGGGCUGAACUGUUUUGUACACUUUUCUUGGAUGAGUAUAAAUAUACUUUGUAGGUAUGUUGAAGAAAACUGCCAUUAUGCACUUGUUUUGAUGUUACUAAGGAAAAACAAUACAAAGAGAAAUCAAGCCUAGCUUAUACUGCAUAUGGAUGUCAUACUGGUAGUACGAAUUGUUACUGCUCUGAUUAACCUCUUUUUCAUUAAGUGAAUUUGAAAAAACACCAGUUAUUGAGUAAGAGUCUUCUGCAGUUGAAUGUACGGGAAGUGCAGAUUAUGUUAGUGGUUAUUGUCAAGCCACUCAAACCUCAUGAAGGCUGAACAGAUUUAUGGUCAAUUGGAAGUAUUGAUUUUGGACUAACAGUCUUUUCCUGUCUAGACUACUCGAGGGUAUAUUUUUCCAUGCACUACUAUAUCAGUACAGAGGUAUUGUUUUUGUCAUGAUGUUUUGUACAUAUUGACACAUCCAUGUGUAUGGCACUUUAUUGGUUGUCUAAGUGUAAAAAGUGAAGUCAUUUUUGCUUAUCUUUGGCGUUGCAGAGCAGGUACUCUGUAGACUAAAACCGUCAUUUUAGGAUCAGUGUUGAAAGAAGUGAAGUUCUUUACUUUGUAAAUGAAAAGUAAUGCAACAUUCGAUUCUGUUGUAACAAUUGAUAAACAAAAUUUUAAUGUAGAAAGUAACAAGUGCAAGUGUUGUUGAUUUCCAAUGAUAAUUUUUCAAAAACUUUGGGGGAAAAUACUUUUUUCAUUCUGAGAGAUUAAUUGGGAUAGUCCACAGCAGAAAAGUCUUGUAAUGGUUUAGUGGAGAGUUCAGUGACUCUUGUGUUACAUGUUCUCACAGUGUUCCUCCUCUACACCUCUCUACACAGAAAAUUACAACUUUUGACCCAAAAUUACUCAUUAGUGCUGAAAUUUUCCAAACAAUGAACACUUGCACAUAAAUAAGCAUGAUAAGAAAUGACAUGUAAUGGCAUGUAUAUUAGUUUUUCAGUCUGCAUCUGUUACAAUGGAGGAGGCAAGCUUUAGGGUCUACACAAAAGCCAGCCGCUGGGGGGAGCUCUAGAAGUAUUGGCUUCACUUUCAGAGGACUUUUCUGUAGUCAUUUUUUAUGGUCCAAUAUGUGAAAGGAUUUAAAAGUGGAAACAACAAAAAUAUGGUUUAGAUGUUAACUAUAUUAACUGUUCAUUCCUGGAUGGACACCAAUUUAUCUAAACAACGAUACAUCUUAGCUAACUGGCCCUGAGAGCUGCUUGCCACUACAUUUUUGUAGAUACAAGAGCACACCAAAAAAAACCUUUAAUGUUAAGAUGGCAAGACAUGUAGGCACAGUAGGUACACUGUGUACAAACUUAACAGUUGAAUAAAACUUUGAAUAAAUGUCUUUGAAAGAAAGCUGAUUAUUUUACCACCAAUAAGUUGUGAAAGCAAAACCAUGACUUAUCCACAGUCAUGACUUACUGACUUUGAGUGUAACGAAGCACAUAAAAUAACCUUUUUAUUGCAGAAACAAUACAUGAAGGGAAACCUACUAUUUUUGUAAAGCUGAGUGUUGUUAUGAAAUGCGACUGGCUUGCAUUGAACUUCAAUAAAGAUUCUUUUUAACCAUUUUUUCUCUUUGUUAGUGUCCUACUGUACUUCCAAAGCAGAGUCCUACUGUUGCCUGGGGAGGAAAGGGAGUGGACAUUAAUUCAAACCACAUGUCACCCCUCCCAUUAGAUUUUUGAGGUUUGCUGCCGCUUUGUUCAUGUCAUUUAUUUGUCUGGUUUUACAUUGUUGUUUUAACAUAUUUCACCUAAAGAAAACAAGCUCUGCAAUCAACAUUUUACUGCUCUUCUAUAAACAAUUAAAGAAACAUUUUACAGUAAUAAUAAAAAAUUGUUUUGAGGACAUUUAUGUCUGGGCUCAUAUAGAUGUGUUGUGGUAGAAAUCAGCCAAUAACCUCACUGCAGCAGGCCAUAGCUACAUACCUGGAUGAUACUUUCACAGCAUUUCUUUCUCCUACUCUGUGCUGGAACAUGACAAGCCUUGUGGGAACCUGAUCUCCAACAAAAACUUCCUCCAAGAAUCCACUCAAAUCCUUUUUCCUGCUGUCCCCGUAACUGUUAGUCAUAAGUAUGGAAUAUAUGUUUUCAAUCACAUGGCAUUUUCAUCCCAGAAACCUCAAGCUCAAGUGUGAAACUGCUGCUGUUUCUGAUCAUCGAAGCAAUAAAAAAAUGGCAGAUAUGAAGUCCUGGAUUAUUCUUUUCUUAUGUCUUUAUUCUUACUUUGCAGACUGUUUAAUCUUACCAGCUUUAUGUCUCUGCCUCUUUGUUUGGACAUGUGGUGGAUGAUAUCUCGUGGACUGCCAUCCCCACAUAAAGAGCCAUAAAUCACUAUGACUUAUGCUCUGAAAGCAAAGAGUUUAACAGAUGUCACCAAAUCCUGCCACAAAAGAGACACACUGAGAAAGAAAAGACACAGUAUUGGAAAGAAAAAAAGAGAAAGAAGAAGUGAGAGAAAAGAGUCACGCAGACAGAGAUGUGGCCAAUGCCUUGUGUUUCAUAAAUUAUUUUAUCAGUGUGGGUGUUCUGUCUUCAUUGUGCAGCAAGCUGAACACAAUUCCUACAAGAAUUCCAGUAAAAAACGUCUUUUUUUGUGGCUGCAUUUAAACAAACAAAAAAACAACACUAUGGCUAUAAACUGUCCUGGACUUCUUGUGUGUAUGGGCUCCACUGCACAUGUCCCAGGACUAAUAUUGUAUGAAAUGAUGUGGUGGUCAUGAAAGACACAUUGCAUGUAUUAUUUGUGGCCCCUGUUUCAUGACAUGCAUCAGACUAUGGGCCCUGUAUCAUGAUAGGCAUCAUAGCAUGGCCUCUGUAUUACAAUACACAUCCAAUCGUGGAACCUGUUUCAUGAUAUGUAUCCUAUCAUGGCCUUUGUACCAUAGCUAGCAUAAAAUCAUGGCUUAUGUAUCGCGAUAUGCAUUCUGUCAUGGCUACUGUAUUGUGAUGUGCAUUGUUGCAUGGGCCCUGUAUAUUGAUAUGUAUUGUAUCAUGGCCACUAUUUGUGAUAUGCAUCAUACCGCCUGUGCUGUAUUGUGACAUGGAUCAGUUUAUGGCCCCUGUAUCAUGGCAUACAUCAUAUCAUGGCACCUGUGUUAUGAUAUGGAUUUUAUUGUCAUCUCUGUAUACUGAUACAUAUUGCAGUGUGACCCCUGUAACAUGGUAAGUAUCGUAUUGUAGCAUCUUUAUUGUGAUAUCAUAGGGCUGUGGGAGCUACUUCACUUCAGUUUCUUUGCUGGUAAUAUUUGUGAAACUUGUACAGCACAAAUAAAGGCAGACUUUGUGUCCUUUAGCUGUGGUAUGUGUCUGUUCUAGUUUCAGCCUAGUCUUCUAUAGUGGUCACAGUUAAAAUGCAGGGAUUUAUGAUUCAGAUAGUCAUUCAGCAACAGCCCUGAUCUGCUCUGCUGUUGUAUGAAGAGAAAAGGACAAGGUAGCUAAGGCUUGUUUAGAUUGGCAACAGUCACUUUUUAAUUUCGGUUUGCUGAGAACACCACACACCUACUUGCAGAGCAUAUUUGAGCACAUAGAUCACUAGUGAAGGGUUUUUGGAGGAGCUUAAUUAUUGUUUUGUGUUACAAUAGCAGCUCAGUGUCUUUAAUCCUGGACUCAGAAAAACAGCAUUGUUCUUAUCAUACAGAAUGAACUCGAUGUGUGCUUUGAAAAAGUGUCAUUUACCCGAAGGUACAGUGAGUUCAGGAGGUGCAGCAGCAGGAUGAACAUGUAACAUUAAACGAUAUACAAUGUGGGCUGAGAGAAACAGAGCAGCUCUUUGCUUUGACAAAGGAAGUGAAGUAAGAAGUGUGAGAAGGGGGCGUUAAGCUCUGAAGCUGUGGUGAAAAACACCAAACUGAGCCAGCACAAACUAUGUGGCCAGAUGUGCUUUCUGGAAACCUCUGUCAGGUCUGAGUUUCCCUGGUGGGAUUGAUUUCACUGCUUCAUACAUGUGUAAUGUUCUCACCCUGUGGGCUUAGCAAGGGUCUAUAAGCUCUAACUUACAUAAUUCAUCAUUUAUGACCGGGAUGUAACACCUCUUUCGCUCUCUCCACAUGAACACUUCAGGGCUGGUUGGCUGUGAGGGGGAUUAAGUAGCUGUGAUGUGCUGGAGUGGAGAAAAUGGUGUAUUGCCUAAUAUGCCUCACAGGAUCAGUGCUUUCUGCUGACUCUGUGGAGUGAUGUCAUCCAGCACAUGGCUCAGAUGCAUCAAAUCCUGGCAUGGAAACAGGAAAUAAGGCCAUUUGACAAGACAAAUUCCAAAGUUGUAGAAAUAUGUUAAGGUGAGAAAACACAAGAAAAGUCAACCCAGUUUACUUAACGUGGCCAAACAGGCUCACAGAGUCUGCAGGGAAACAGUCUCUGUGGUUGUUUACAUCCAAGUAGUGCAGCAUUAUAGCAUUAUAGCAGUCACUUUUAAUUGGAGCUUCAGUCCUGGUUAGUGGUAUUGCCUGUGCUAUAGCUUACCAUUAACAAAUGAGUGGCAUUUCUUGGAUUCAUUGAUAAUAAGAAAAAUAUUAACUGGUUUAAAAAACAGCUGGUAGCUUUCCUUUCACAAGUGCUGUUCUUAACAUUUUUGUGCAUCUUAAAUUGGGCAGAGAGAAAGCAUAGGCUUACAAUGAAAGAAAUAAAGCAAUCUACAUGCAAGACAAACAAAUUCAAAACAAAAUUAUUGUCAUGAUAUUUUCAGAAUCACAAUCAGAAUUACUUGAUUGAUCACAAACUCUGUAAUUAUGGUGUAACAGCAGCUUUUUCCUAGUGAGCCAAAACAAUACAGGAAUAUAAGAAAUACACAUCACCACAUUAUUGGACGAGUCAAUCACCAAAUUCCAUGAGGUAAUAAUCAUCAUAAUAAUCAUUUUGCACUGCAGACGCGGUAGUUCUUCUGCCUUAGUGUCUCGGUCUGAUAGCAUUUCCAUGAAGUAAUAAUCAUAAAUGUUCUUUCUUGAGCUGCGAAACUCCGCUGCACUCAGUGAUUGACUCGUCAGGGCUACCCCUCAAACAAGCAGCGGCUGGAGGAGAGAGGGUGAGUUGUGUUUGGUCUCUUUGCCAAAGAAACCAGGAAAAGCUAAAAAGAUGUUUGAUGGCUAGUUGUAUGGCUGGCUACUAUGGCUGGGACCCUUUGUGUACUGUUGAUGAAGUAAGGUGCUGUUCUGAACAUUAUUUGUGGCUAUAGAGUGGCUUUUUGGUUGAGGUUUGCGCUUGGAGACAUAGACCGCUGUGUAUUGCUAUCGUGCGGUCAUUACUAAAGUUGGUAUAGCUAGAGAAGCAAUCAGUCGGCAACAUUCAUUUCUCAAGAGGGUGUCUAACUCGGUGUUACGGUGUAUUUGACCAUAACCUCAUUUUAUACUGGAAUAUCCUUUUAAUAACAAAUUAUAAAAAAUAGAGUUGUAUUUACAAUUUGCAUCGUCCGUAAACUUUCUAUACAUUAAAUACAGAAUACAACACUUAUUGGGCUUUCUCACUGAAAUUUGAAAAGAGCAUUGGUGCCAGUUAAAUUAAAAAUAUGAAUAUGUAGUCAGGAAUGGAAGUAUUAGGUAACAGUAUUUAUGGGUAGGUGAGCAGAGCAGAGUACAUAUAUCACGAUGAGGACAAUGACAAUAUGAUUUCAUAGUCAUAAUAUGGCUAUGAUAACCAUGAGGUGAAAAUCUGAUAACAUGACAGCCCUAAUGUAUAUGUUGGAUUUUGCUAAAGUACUUGAUCUCCCCAAUGUGUCUCAGUCGAUGUGUCAGCUCCAGCUGUCUUUGUCUACUUGCAUUUCUAAAAAAAUCAGAAUCAGAAUCAGAAAUACUUUAAUAAUCCCAAGGGGGGAAAUUGCUUUUGUUACAGAACUUCAGUGCAAAUACAGUAAAGAGAAGAUAAAUAAUAGAUAAAAUACAAUAUAAAAUAGAUAGAAUAAGUAAAAAUAUAGAGAUAAAUAAAUAAUAAGUAAAAUGAGUAAAAAUAUAGCAUUGCGGAUGUUAAAGGACCUCAGCUGCCUCAGGAAAUGGAGACAACUUUGACCCUUCCUGUAAACGACCUCAGUGUUCCUGGUCCAGUCCAGUUUACUGUUUAAGUACACCCCUAGGUACUUGUACUCCUCCACAGUGUCCACUGCCCCCCCCCCCCGCCUGUGAGGCAUUGAUGACGUGUGCACUACUCUGCCGGUCUACUAAAAUAUCACUAGAACAGCUGCGCUCCGCCUACGCUAAAAGCUGACCAGGUCUGAAUCAGCGAGCUGCUAUCUUCUCACCCAGUAGAGCCGGACGGAUGGUGUUGAAAGCACUAGAGAAGUCAAAAAACAUGACUCUCACAGUACUCGCCGGCUUGUCCAGGUGUGAGUAGACCUGGCUCAGCAGGUAGAUGAUGCUGUCCUCAACUCCCAGUCGGGGCUGGUACGCGAACAGCAGUGGAUCCGUAAAGGGCUUGACCAUAGGCCUGAGUUGCCCCAGAACCAGUCUCUCCAGAGUCUUCAUGAUGUGAGACGUCAGAGCCACUGGUCUGUAGUCCAGAGAGCCGCUGGGACAUGGCAGCUUUGGCACAGGAACAAGGCAGGACGUCUUCCACAGCACAGGGACCUUCUGGAGGUGCAUGCUCAGCCUGAAGAUCUGGUGAAGAACUCCACACAGCUUGGGGGCACAGGCUUUAAGCACCCUAGGUAACACACCAUCAGGGCCGGCAGCCUUGCCAGGGUGGAGUCUCUUCAGCUGUCUUCUCACUUGGUCAGGUGUGAAGGACACGGUAGGGGUGACCUGCUUCUCACAGUCCUCAUGGUCACAUGCUGUCUUUUAACUAGAGGCACAUAGGCACAUGAAAUGGACAGUAUGAGGAGUUGAACCCUUCACCUUCACCUCAGAUCAGUUUCAGAUGAAUUCAUUUUCCAGCUUUUCUCCUGGUGUGAUCAGAGUAAAUGAAUCCUCUUCAUAUUUUCCUUUCCAGAUUCACUUUUUCUCUAACCCCGUCCUGACAUUUUGAUUUCCAGCUCAGUCGGUGUAAUUUCUGUCAUUAUAUUAUUAAACUUGCCAGGAGUGUGAGGUGGCACAGGGAGACAUUACCUAACAUGGACCAGCACACACAUACACUUACACAUGUCCACAUAUGUGUACACAAUCUGAGACGUUAGCUAAGCAUGGAGUUGACAGGCCCCCAAAGAGCUCAUUACGUAGACAGCUGUGAAAACACACUUGGCCUUUCACUGUGGCUCAAGUAACAAUUAUUCUCAAUGUGUGUGUUUUAGAGAGAGAGAAAGGAGACGGUAAUCACACCUGCUGCAAAGUGUGCAAUGAGUCAGCAAAUAAUGGUGAAAAUAAACAGAGUAUUCAGGGGUUUGCUUAGAAAACAAGGAUUUGUGAUUGCAGUGUUGAUACUGUGCCCAAACAUGACUGAUGGAGGCACAAACUAAGUUAUUUCAAGCUUGACCAACCUACUCUCACAGAUUUUAGAGAAUGUUGCAGCCCAAGUAGUGACCAGAACAGAACCAGGAGAAGAGGGCACAUCUCCCCUGGAUUUCUACACUGGCUUCCCAUUAAAUUUAGGGUAUGAUUUAAAAUACUGUCUGACUUUAAAAGCUCUUCAUGGUCAGGUAUUAUAUCAACUCGUAGUUCCCUAUACUCCCUUCCCCAUAAAUUCCUCUGGAUCUGCUGCAGAAGUCCAGCUGCGGUGGACCUGCCUAAUUUCUGGCUGCCUCGAUGGCGUGCAUUAGUCCCGCUAUUUUCAACAUUGUUACAAAGCAAAUAUUGAUAUACUAGCAUCAGUCUCACCAUUUAAUCAUGGAACCUACUCAUACUGAGUCUUUAACAGUGACCAGGGGUGUACCACAAGGGUCCAUUUUAGGACCAAUCCUUUUUACUUUUGACAUGAAUAAUUUUAUCCUCUUUUCAACAAAUUGUCAUACAUUUUUAUGCAGAUGGCACAAUUUUGUAUUGCACUGCAGACCACACCAGCAAUCUGCUUUUUUGAUUUUAAACUUGUUUUAAAUGCUUAUAAAACUAAGUGUCAUUCUUAAGAUAGGACAUUGGUAAACUUCUGUAUUUCUCCUUGCAGGGAAUCAAUACUGCAAAAGUUGAAAAGUAUAGAUAAAUAGAUAGAUAAUAAGCUUGCAUUUAAACAUCAUACCGACCAUUUAACCCAAAAACUACAUCAAAACUUUAAUAGGCACACAAGCAAGACUGUACCACAAGGCUUCAUUCAAGGUCCACUAAUAUUUUGUAUGUAUAUCAAUGAUAAUAUCCCCCUUUCAACAAACUUACCCCCCUUUUUUUUUGCAGAUGACACAAUUAUGUUGCUCAGCAAGCUAUUGAAAACAUACAGUUUUCUUUAAAUAUUUUAUUACCUGUUUUCAAUGAUUUUAAUCUUGUUUUAAAUGCCAGUGAAACUAAAUUUUUAACAUUCUUAAAUGCACAGGACAUUAGUUUUCAAAACUUCUGUAUCUUUGCCAGCAGGAAAUCAAUUUAAAAGUGUUUAAAAGUUCAAAUAUCUUGGCACACGGAUAGAUGAUCAGACUUUAACAUUAUAUAGACCAUUUCACCUACAAAUGACAUGAAUCUACAAUUUCCGUGUUUUUUUGCAGCAAGUUCUCUCUGUUUUGGACUUUGAAGAUGUGAUUUACAUACAUGCACCUGCGUCUACCCCUAAACCUCUAGAUGCUGUUUACCACUUUAUCCUUUAUAAAACUCACCACUGCUACUUUAUGAAGAAAUGCUGGAUGGACCUCUCUAGCUGGGAGAAGUCAAAUGCAUAUGUGUGCUCAUCUAUAAGGCCCUUACUGUAAAAC